AGCAGAGGUCGGGAAAAAAAAAAAAGAUAAACCCUGUCGGUUGAGGGUUUUGCUCCCCUCGUCGGGAUACGGUUUUGCUCGCCAUUUCCUCGCAUUGUUCGUCCUGGUCGAUGGACGAGACCUGGGAGAAAGCCGUCGAGGCGGCGCUUGCCGUCCACGCGGACUCCUCGUCGGCGGAGCCGCUGCGAUCCCUGACACUGGACGGCGCCGUGAAGUGCCUCCACGGCCGUCUCCCGCCGCCGGCCCUCUUCGAGAAAUUCCCGGCCCUGGAGCACCUUUCGAUCGCCAAUGUGCGGCUCGCGUCGCUCGAGGGCUUCCCCCGCCUGCCGGCCCUCCAGCGGUUCAUCCUCUCCGACAACCGGAUCGCUGGUGGGCUGGAGUUCUUGGUGGAAGCCGGCCUCGACGCCCUCCGCGACCUCGACCUUUCGAAUAACCGCAUCCAAUCGCUGGACGACCUCGCGCCGCUUGCCCGGCUCCGCCUCGUGUCGCUGAACCUCUACGAGUGCCCCGUGACCAAGAUCAAGGACUAUCGGCCCAGGGUUUUUUGAUUGAUUCCAUCCUUGAAGUAUCUGGACAAGAUGGAUGCCGAUGGGAACGAGCGGCCGGAGUCGGACGAGGAAGAAUAUGAGGAAGAGUGUGAGGAUGAUGAAGAGGAAGAGGAGGUGGUGAAUGGAUCGAAAAUGGGGCAGGGCAAAGUGUUCCAUGGAGUUCAUGAGUAGGAGGAGGAGGAUAAUGAGAUAGAUGAGGAGAGGAGGAUGUGGUUGAGGAGGAUGUGAACGAGGAGGGAGAGGAAGAUGAGAUUGAUGAGAAUGGGAAGGGAGAAGAUGAUGAGAAUGGGGAGAUUGAGGAGGAGGAUGUGUGUGAAGAUGAUGAGGUGAGUUUUUCUUCAUUGAUGCUUUGCAAUGACUUGAUGGCUUGCUGUUUUGAGUGUGAUGUUUUGCAUAGUUUUAGUUCCCUUAUUACUGGAAACUGCUGCUUUAUGGUUGGAUGCUG